UAUGCCAAGAUUGAACAGAACCAACUUCUCUGGCAAAAGAUGAAUCAGCGCGUAAUUCGCGCUGAACUUUAUCAAGGGCUCGCUGACGCCAUGGCAAGUGAUUCCCAGAAUCUUAACUACAUAGGAACACAAAUAAUUCUACCUGCAUCAUUUGUCGGCAGUAAUCGAUACAUGAGUCAAUACUAUCAAGACGCGAUGGCUAUUGUAAGGAAAUAUGGGAAGCCGAGCCUAUUUAUUACAAUUACAUGUAAUCCACAUUGGCCAGAGAUUCUUGCUGAACUUUAUGAUAAACAGGUUCCAAAUGAUCGGCCCGAUAUUAUUGUCCGCAUUUUCAAUCUUAAAUUAAAGGCCAUCUUAAAUGAUAUUAUAGACAAGAAUAUAUUAGGAAAAGUUGUAGUGUUUGUGUUAGUUAUUGAGUUUCAAAAACGAGGACUUCCACAUGCGUACUUACUAAUAAUACUUACCAACGAAGACAAUCCACAAGAACCUUCUGAUUAUGAUAAUAUUGUAUCUGCUGAAAUUCCCGAUCCAAUUCAUCAAUCACAGCUUUAUGAAACCAUCACUCGAUAUAUGAUACAUGGACCUUGCGGUAGCCUAGCACCACAUGCUCCGUGCAUGCAAGAUGGGAUCUGUUCAAAAAAUUAUCCUCGGCAUUUUGCUAAUGUUACCCGGGACGAUGCAAAUGGAUAUCCACUAUAUAGACGACGGAAUAAUGGUCGAUCUAUUCAAUUAAGAGGUCAUAUAUUAGACAACAG